AUGGCUAUCUUUUCAAAAUUUUCUAAGCUUGGCAGUAACGAUAAAGCAAUAUACCCUUGGUCACAGCGCAAAAUAGGUGGCAGUCAUAAUGCCUUACCUCGAUUCGGCCACAGUGCAGUCAUGCUUGAUAGCAGGUUUUUUGUAGUAUAUGGUGGCACGCAUAAAGGACUCACCAAAAAGAAUUUAUUCUACAUUGAUACGAACAAUAUGUCGGCUAAUUCAGUUACAACGGCAGGUGAUUUACCAUCACCUCGAAGUUUUGCAUCUUUGAUUAUGAUGGAUACAUUUUUAAUACUUUAUGGCGGAGAACCUAUCAAUCCCAAUGAAAUUUGGGACCCACAUUUCUACGUCCUUCAAAUAAAUACCCGACAAUGGUCAAGAGUGCGAACAAAAGGAAGAUUACCCACAGAAAGAGCAGGCCAUUCUGCUUGCAUUUCAGAAGAUGGCAUCAUGUACAUUUGGGGAGGCCAUUAUCAUAGAAAAUACAUGAAUGACUUAUGUGCAUUUAACGUGAAAGACUACCCAGCAAAAGCGGAAUGGAAUUUUAUAGAAUAUAAAAACUCGGGUCCAACACCUCGAUCUGGACAUAUUUCGAUCAUUUACGAAGGAAAAUUUUAUGUCUUCGGUGGUAUCAAUUCCAGCCAUUUAUAUAAUGAUAUCUGGUCCUUCGACCUAACGAUACACACUUGGGAGAAACUAACAGCGGUAGGCUAUAUACCCGCUCCUCGAGAAAGCUGCGCGGCUGCGUUAGUAGAUGACACUAUAUAUAUUUUUGGCGGAAGAGGACUCAAUGGUUGUAUACUGGGCGAUCUAUGCGCAUUCAAAAUCAAGAGCAAAAGGUGGUACAUGUUUCAAAGUAUGGGUAUACCUCCAUCCCCCAGAUAUGGUCAUACUUUGACUGUAUUUAAGAAUAAACUCUACGUGUUUGGAGGUGAUACUGACAGUGAAAAAAAUGAAGACAGUACACAUGUGUUUACGUUGGACUGUGCUAAAAUAAGAUACCCUCCUGAGCCAGCUGUUGCUAAAAAUGAUGAUUCUAUCGAAAGCAGCAACGGGGAUGACCCGAAUGUAUUAUCCGCUAAAAUUGAAGUACAGCAGAAGAUAGGAUGUAUGCAUCACCAACAAAAAGAUAUAAGCCCACCCUUGUCGCCUAUUCCUAAUAGUACAAAGUAUGCUUUGGAAAAUGAAUCGCAUGAAUUUGAUGAAAAGGCACAGCAAUUUGCCACACAGAAACAACAACCACUGAGGAUUGAUACCACAAGUGUAAAGCCGAAUGUUAGAAAAAUCCGACACACAUUGACUAGCCCUCCAACGCCUCCGCGUCCUGCACGAGAAGGUGCCUUUUUGAAGGAGGAAUUUCGUCAGCCUAAGAAUGCUGUGCCAAUGCUUGAUGCAGAGAUGAAACCAAAAAGACAUUCCUCACUUCGCCACCAUUACGCACGGCUCCGGACUAACAAAUGCAACAAUCCUCUUCCUCCAACCCCUCCGCCAGUAUCUUCUGACUCUUUCAUGGAACCUAACGAGAAGAACAAUCUGAUAAAGGAGAUCAUGACGCGUGAUGCGAUAAUCACAGAAAUGAAAAAGAAAGAACAAUGGUGGCGAACGGAAGUGUCGAUUGCACGACAUUUAAGACGUUCACAAGGUGAGCAGUUCGAAGAAGAUGAAUUAAGUGAAAUGCAGGCUGCCUUAAUGAGGUUUAGUGAUAGUGAGAGUGAGAACAACUCGACAACGGAUAAAGAUGGCAACAGUACAGAUGAAGAUACAGCUGCAACGAUUAAAGAGAAAUUGCUGCUAUUCCAGUACUUGGUAGACGCCAAAGGCGAGAUCCGAAAACUGAGGAAUCAUAUGAAUAAACAAAAUCAACCGUUAUUGAAUAAAUUGGAAGAAAUCGAAGAAAUAAAACAGGUUGCUGAAAAAGAAGCAGCCUAUUAUAAAGCAAAGUAUAUGGCUUUGAAAAGUUACGACGAUGAAGCUUCAGAACAGUUAGAAGCAGAACGUACCAAGAUUUUAGAGAAACGCUUAAUGGAAGCAUAUGAAGAACAGAAAGCUAUUUAUCAGACUCUAAAACAUGUUCAAGAACAAUCAGAACAGGAGAAAGAAGCAAGACUGUUGGCUGAAGAGAAAACGAAGGAAGCACAAAAACAAUCGGAAGAAGCGCAAACGAUUCAUCAACAAUUAGUAAAACAGCUAGCUGAACUGUAUGAGCAAACAGUGAACGCUGAGGCACAACUGAGAGAUGAUGCUGCUCAAAUCGCUGAGCUAUCCAAAAAGCUUGCUGAGCAAAUUCACGAAAAAGAAUCGAUAAGUGAAGAUCUAUCGCGGGUUCAUACCGAAAUAGGGCGCUUGGAAGCAGCCAAUCUUCAAUUGGGUCAGGAGGCAGCUAUCCUGAUGAAAAAAUUACAAGAUAGCAGAGACGAUGAGAUUGAAUUAAGAAUUAUGCUUAAUGAAAAAGAUGAAGCCUACACAAAGGCGGUACAACAACUUGAAGUGGCCCAUAUCGAACUUGAAUUGUUAAAACAUAUGUCUGCAGAUACCAGCCCGUCCACUUUACUAGAUGAGGAGAAAGAUGAGCAGCAGCAACAGCUCGAUAGCAAUCGUUCUGAUAACGAUACUUGGUCAACUUCAUCAUUGACUAUGGAUGCUGAUAGCGAUAAAAUUUAUACUACUCAACAGCUAUUAGUAAAUUCUAUUCCCACAUCUGUGUAA